GGCAUAGAGAGAGAGCGAGAGCGAGAGAGAGCGAGAGCGAGAGAGAGCAGCGGAGCGGACGGCUGCAUCAGACAGACAGUCAGGAUGCGUGAAUACAAGCUGGUGGUUUUAGGGUCAGGAGGAGUUGGGAAGUCAGCGCUGACUGUUCAGUUCGUUCAGGGCAUCUUUGUGGAGAAGUACGACCCGACGAUAGAGGAUUCCUACAGGAAGCAAGUCGAGGUCGAUGGACAGCAAUGCAUGCUGGAGAUCCUGGACACAGCAGGGACAGAGCAGUUCACGGCGAUGAGAGACCUGUACAUGAAGAACGGUCAGGGCUUCGCUCUCGUCUACUCCAUCACGGCCCAGUCGACCUUCAACGACCUCCAGGACCUCCGGGAGCAGAUCCUCCGGGUGAAGGACACCGAGGACGUUCCCAUGAUCCUCGUGGGCAACAAGUGCGACCUGGAGGUGGAGCGCGUGGUGGCCAAGGAGUCGGGCAUCGGCCUCGCCCGGCAGUGGAACGCCUGCGCCUUCCUGGAGACCUCGGCCAAGAGCAAGAUCAACGUCAAUGAGAUCUUCUAUGACCUCGUGCGACAGAUCAACAGGAAGAGUCCCGUUCAAGGGAAAGCUCGCAAAAAGUCCAACUGUCAACUUCUCUAAUCACAGCUUCCUGCUCACCCGACAACCAACCAACCAAUCACAGGGCAUCUUCCAGCUGGCCACGCCCCCUUUAACACAGCCACCUCAACAUCAGCCUCCUGACCUCUGAACAGAGACUGUUGCCGUGGAAACAUUAAAACCAAACAUCUACAGACUGCAGCUGGCGACCACGAUGAUUCCACGGUGGGGGGGGGGGGGCUGCCCAAAUUUAAACUACGGUUCCCAUCAUGCUCUCUGCUAGGCCCCUUUGCGCCGGGGGCGUGGCCUCUUGCUUUUACUUUUAAAUGUUCCUUUUACAUGUUUUCCAGCUCUGGUUGAAUCUGUGGAUCCAUUUAGUGAUUAUUAUUAUUAUUUCUGUGGUUAUUAUUUUUCUGUGUGAAAAAAAAGAUAUAAAAGUAA